AGAUCAAUUCCUUUAUAUAAAAAGAAAUAUUCUUGCUGGAUUAAAUUUAAGUUUUUAGUUUUUAAAUCUUGCACAUAUAAUAAAUGAAGUAAUUUUAGUCAAAUGAAGAUCUUGAAGAACGAAAUUUAAUUUUAAGAUAAUUCUCAAAUAAAUACAAAUUAACGUUAAUACAUAGUAGACUUUUUAUGAUAUUUUUAAGAAGAAUGAAAUUUACGAGAACCUAUCCUAUAUACUUUCAUGCUGAGAAUAAUCUGGUUUUUUAUUGUAAAGAUGGAGUGUAUACUGGUUCCGCUGCUCUUCUGAUUGCUGCUAGCACCUACCUGAGAAACCUGUUUACUCUUACCAAUCAUACUCCUACAGGGACGAGCAAUGUACUGGAUCCUGAUACAGAAAUCAGUUUACCCGACUUCUCUGUAGUUCAGAUAAAGCUUCUGAGUACCCUUUUAUCAACGGGAUGUAUCCCUGCCUGCCCAGAAAAUGUUAAGAAACUAAAGAGGCUUUUUAAACUCCUGAGAAUUGACAAGUUGUCCUUAAAAGAUCUACAGAUUAUUGAAGUUGAAGAAACACAAGCUGAAAUUGAAAUAGCACCAACUGAAUCUGAAGAAAAAAUUACAUUCACUGAUUUAUUUCCAAAGCAUCCUGAGAAUUAUGCUUCUACCUGUCAGCUAACACAUGAAGAUCAAAACAUUAUACCUGAAGAUCAACCUAAUAAUCAACUUGAUGAUCAAGAAUCUCUACCUCAAAACCAACAAUAUGUGAAGAAGAUUGAAGAAUGUGUUCUUGAAAACGAAAAUAUACCUGAAAAUUGGCCCAAAGAGCAAAAUCAGCAAUUCUCUAUGGAGGUUGAAGAAUGUGUUCCUGAAGACAAAAAUCUACCUGAAAAUCAAGAAUCUCUACCUCGAAUCCAACGAUAUGGAAUAAAGAUCAAAGAAUCAAAGAUUGUUGCAGUUGAAGAAACCCAAGCGGAAAUGGAAACUGCACAAUCUGAAUCUGUAGAAAAAAUUACAUUCUCUAAUGCAUUUCCACAUGAUAAACAUGUUGUACCUGAAGAUCAACCUAAAGAUCAAGAUUCUCUACCUCAAAGCAAGCAAUCCAUUAUGAAAGUUAAAGAAUCUCUUUCUGAAGAUGAGCAACAUAUCUUUAAAGUUGAACAACUUAUCUCUGAAGAUCGAGAAUCUCUGUCUCAGAGCAAGCAAUUGAUUUUGAAAGUUAAAAAAUCUCUUCCUUUUCCUGAAGAAGAACAACCUAUUUCUAAAGUUUUCAAAUCUCUGAAUGAACAUAAGCAAGAUGAAUCUUAUGAUUCAAUAAUGCGGACUGAAAACUUAUCUCCAGUCUCUAGAACAAAGCAAGAAGAUUCAGGAUUUCCAACAAAUGUAUUAAAUAAAAGAUCACAUAAAAAGGAUUCAGACGAUUGUCCGGAUUGUAUGAAAAGUUUUACAUCGGUGCCUGCUUUAAGAUAUCACCUAAUGCAGCACAGGGACCCAAAAAAGUUUUUUUGUGAACUUUGUGAUCGCUUUCUACCAAAACGCCUGAAAAAGGCUCACAAUAAACUGCAUGCAAAAGUUAGGGAUAAGUUUAAAUGUAUGAUUUGUGAUAAGUCUUAUAUGACUGAUGUCUCACUAAGAAACCAUAUUCUAAUUCAUAAAAGGGCCAAGUACUGCUGUGAAACUUGUCCUCAAAGCUUCUUUCUAAAGGAAAAUCUGAAAGUUCAUAUUGAGAACGUGCAUACUAAAGUGGAAGAUAACUUUAAGUGUAAGAUUUGUAAUAAAGUUUUAGCUAAUGAAGGAUCACUGGUUAACCACAUUAAAAUUCAUGAAGAGUUGAAGUACCGCUGUAAAUACUGUCUUAGAUGUUUCUUCCAAAAGAAAAAUCUGAAUGUUCAUAUUGAGAAAAUGCAUAGUGCCUCGUCUUUGAAUCUUAUUGCUUGUUUUAUCUGCGGAAUAUCUUUUAAAGAUAGCAAUUCUUUAGAUCUACAUCUAGCUGAACAUUUCUAAAAAUUAUUGAGAAAGAAAAUUUUGUUUUAUAAUGAAAAAUUGAUCUGUGAUAUUCCGUGAUUAUUUGUAAUUCUACUGCAUGUUACUUUGUAAUGAAAUUGUACAAAUGUACAUAGAUUUAUGAUUUUUUAUUCUAUCCGGUAUGCUUCUGCAAUAAUAGUUUGACAUAAACCGUCCAUCAGAGUCUCCUAAAUGUGAUAG